AUGUGGCAUGGCACCUAUUUAUGUCUCGACUUUCAGAACAUAUACAGAGAUCUCCAUCAACCAGCCUUCGUAAUUGCAGCAUGCUUUGCCUUCAUAGCAUUGGUGCUCUCCGCCCUCUUAAUUUUUCAACAUCUUAGGUCAUACACGAAUCCCGAGGAGCAAAAAUGGAUUGUUGGAGUUCUUUUCAUGGUUCCUGUCUAUGCCAGCGAGUCACUUUUAUCGUUGUGGAAUCCAAGGUUGUCCCUCGCGUGUGACAUUCUAAGAAACUGCUAUGAAGCAUUUGCCUUGUAUUCUUUUGGGAGUUACUUGAUCGCAUGCCUUGGUGGAGAAGAUAGAGUCAUAGAACUGCUGGAAGAUGAAUCAAGAAAACUGCUCAUGAGCGAGCCAUUGCUAGAAGAGGCAGAUGAGAAACCAAAGGUGCAACAGAGAACAUUCUGGUACUUCUUCAUCCAACCAUCUGUGCUUGGAAAAGAUUUGCUAUCUAUAGAAAAGUUUGGCCUUGUACAAUAUAUGAUUUUGAAGACUGUAUGUGCAUUCUUAGCACUCAUACUGGAGCUCUUUGGUGUGUAUGGUGAUGGAGAGUUCAAGUGGUACUAUGGAUACCCUUACAUGGCAGUAGUAUUGAACUUCAGCCAGAUGUGGGCAUUAUAUUGCCUAGUGCAAUUUUAUAAUGUGACUCACGAAAGGCUUCAACCGAUAAAACCGCUUGCAAAGUUCAUCAGUUUUAAAGCAAUUGUGUUUGCUACUUGGUGGCAAGGCGUUGGGAUCGCCUUACUGUGUGCUCUUGGAGUUUUGCCCAAGGAAGGAAAAUUUAAAACCGGAUUGCAGGAUUUUCUAAUCUGUAUAGAAAUGGCUAUUGCAGCUGUGGCUCACAUUUUUGUCUUCUCCGCAAAACCGUAUCAAUUCUUGCCAGCUUCCGAGUACGAGAAAGUCGCAACCCGAAGAGCCCAAGCAGUGGCAAAGUUAGACGAGGGUGGUAAGGAAAAACCAGCUGUUCCUGAAAGGACAGAAUCUGAGGUUGAGGCUCAUGGAACAAGAACUAGUGUUAGAGAAAGCGUUCAGGACAUCGUCGUUGAAGGUGGUCAACAUGUUGUCAAGGACGUCUUUUUGACAAUAAACCAGGCAAUGGAACCUGUGGAGAAGGGCAUGACAAGGAUCCAGGAGACUUUUCACCACCGAUCCGUGGCUUCCGAUGACAACAAAGAGGAGCUAGAACUAGAAAUUGACGAAUAUGCUGAGCAAGAUCUCACCAGAAGUGGAUCCAAUGUAUUGAGUUAUGAAGAGAAGGUAUUUACUGAAAGUGAUGGUGGAAAUGGAAGAUGAACAGGUUCAAAAUUUUUAAUGUUUAGGGAUUCUACGGACAAUUAUCAGACGAGGAUCAGGAAAUGAUCAUAUCAAUUUUGUCAAGUUACUUGGAAUGGUUGAAACUGCUGAUUUAAUUUAGUUCUCAAUAUGUAGACUAUACCACUUUGCACCAGAAGUAUACGCAAAAAUGGAUACUGAUGCAACCGGAGAAGCCACGAUCAUGAUUGGGUCCUGCUAUUUAAUUUUAGACUAAGCUGUGCAUGGUCUGAUGCUGGAUUUUAAAUGCGACUAUUAUUAGGUGCAAUGAGCUCAAGGGCAGACUUUGCUAACCAAAUGGCUUGGUUAGUUGAGAUUAUGUUCAUGCAUUGGACCUGGUAUCGCGGUCUAUGUUCUAGAGCAGGUCAAGUGCAGGGAAAAUAAAUUUGUAUCGCGUUUUAUGUUCUGAAGCAGGGUUAAGUGCAGGGAUGGUGUUGAAUAAUUUUUAUUGUAUUAUGUUUCUAUUUUCUCACAAGGGUGUUCUUUGUUAGUGGGAAGGUGGCAAGUGAGAUUGUGCUGGAUUGGGUUAAUAUUCUUGCACAAUAUUAAAUGUAAUAUUGGUUCAUGGA